AGAGAGAGAGGGAGUCGCGAAUAGAUCAAUCAAUCAAUCAAUCAAAACCGUGCAUAUCAACCGAGAAGCCCGAAAUCAAAGUUCAACGUUGCAUUUAAACGAACCGCAUCAAGCAGGACACUCUCUCUUGCCCGUAUCCUUGGGUUAAGGCUCCUAAACCAAAUCGGAUUCGGAAUCGGAAUCGGAAUCGGAGUUGGAGAUUGCAUGCCGCGGAUGAGCCGCGGAUUAUGUCACGUGACGAUUAUAAUCCAGUAACUAGCUCUGGUGUGCGCAGUCCGGGUCGCGUGCGGCGUCUCCAGGAAUUGCCGACAGUCGAUCGAUCACCAUCCCGGGACUACGGCGCGCCACGCGGAAGUCCUUUAGCAAUGGGCAGUCCAUACUACCGCGACAUGGAUGAGCCAACAAGUCCGGCCGGAGCGGGUCACCAUCGCAGCCGGAGCGCCAGCAGACCACCGAUGGCCCAUGCCAUGGAUUAUCCACGAACCCGCUACCAAUCGCUGGAUCGCGGUGGACUCGUGGAUCCCCACGAUCGCGAGUUCAUACCCAUCCGGGAGCCACGUGACCGCUCCCGGGACAGAUCCCUCGAACGGGGACUGUAUUUAGAGGACGAACUAUAUGGCAGAUCGGCGCGCCAGAGUCCCAGUGCCAUGGGUGGCUAUAAUACGGGCAUGGGUCCGACAUCGGAUCGGGCCUAUUUGGGUGACCUGCAGCAUCAGAAUACCGAUUUGCAGCGGGAGCUGGGCAACCUCAAGCGCGAACUGGAGCUGACCAAUCAGAAGCUGGGCAGUUCGAUGCACAGCAUCAAGACCUUCUGGUCGCCGGAGCUGAAGAAGGAGCGGGCACUGCGCAAGGAGGAGAGUGCCAAGUAUAGUCUGAUCAAUGAUCAGUUGAAGUUGCUCAGCACGGAGAAUCAGAAACAAGCCAUGUUGGUGCGCCAGCUGGAAGAGGAGCUGCGUCUCAGGAUGCGGCAGCCCAACCUGGAAAUGCAGCAGCAAAUGGAGGCUAUAUACGCGGAAAACGAUCAUCUGCAGCGGGAAAUCAGCAUCCUAAGAGAGACCAUUAAGGAUCUUGAGUGCCGGGUGGAGACCCAGAAGCAAACGCUGAUUGCCCGCGAUGAGAGCAUCAAGAAGCUGCUGGAGAUGCUGCAGGCCAAGGGCAUGGGCAAAGAGGAGGAGCGCCAGAUGUUCCAGCAAAUGCAGGCCAUGGCCCAGAAGCAGAUGUACAAUAACUACUCGGGCAUUGCCGGAACCAGCCCACCCUUGCCGGAUAUUAUUGGUCAGUAUUACGGACCAGGUCCCGCGGUCCUGGGUCCCGGAUCCCUGCCCUACGGCUCAGCGGCGGGCAACGGUUACGGCCCCGCCUACGAUCUGUACGGACCCUCGACCUCAGCCACCGCCGGCGGCUAUGGCGGCCUCUACGAUCCCUUGUCCACCGCCCAGCUCUAUGGGACGGGUCAGUGCCAGACCUCGCCAAUACGCAGGAGACGCUAUAGCAUUGCCGGUCUGCCCUCGGCCACCAUGUACAAUGAUGUCUAUGGUUAUCCAGCGCCACCGUUGCACCAGACCAGCUCCUCGAACAUUGUGAAUCUGCUGAACGGCCACAAGUCGAUAUCGCGCAGCUCGCAGAUCCUUAAUCUCACGAAUCAGGCUCGCCAGCUGGGACAGCUGGUGACGACGCCCCUGGGAGGUGUGGGAGGAAUGGGCCUGGGCCGUGUCGUGUCCAGCUACCCGACGCUGCACCCGGGAGACACCUCGCCGCCGUACCUCAACGAUAACCUGCUGCAGAUGUCCCAGAGCUUCUCCUCGCAGCCGAACAUGUACUUCCAGCCGGCGGCGCAGGCCCAGCAGGUCCUGCCCACGCAGCUGACGGCGGCCCAGAGUGCCGCUGCAGCGGCGGCGCGAUUGCGGCCGGCAUACUCGGUGACGAAUCUGGUGUCCAGCUAUCCCACCACAACGGGCUACGGGGCCUGCAAGUAUGGUGGGGGCUAUGGGGGUAAUCCCUACCAGAGUGACCUGGGGGUUGCCGGCGGCUAUGGGAAUCCCCUGGCUCCCUUCCAGCAGCGUCAACUGUUGGCCCAAUCGCUGCAUGCCUCCAAUCCCGCUAUUUCGCAGUACUACCAAAGUCAGGUGCCCGGAGCAGGAGCUGCCGGUGCAUUGGCCUAUAACCUGCAGCAACAGUUCGCCGGGACGCAGCACUAUGGAGGCAGUGCCCAAGGACCGCCGCUAGGACACUCGCACAUCCAGGCAUCGGUGCAGCAGCAGAUGCAUCCACAGUACCAGUACCAUGUGCAUCAGCAUCAGAAUCACCUGCAGACCCAUCCAUUGGCUUCGCUGGCCAAUACGGCGGGACCCUUUGGCGGAACGUUGGCCAGCAGCGCCAGGGAUUAUGCUGAGGGACUGCAUCAUGGCCACACGCAGCACCAGCAUCAGCAUCCGCAUCAGCAUCUGCAUUCGCAUCUGCACUCGCAUCCGCAUCACUCCUCGCAUCACUCGCAUCACACGGCAUAUCCGCACUCGCAUACGCACCAUCAGGGGCGCGGUCCGCAGCCCCAUCAAGCCCAUCAUCACCAUCAUCUGCCAUACUCGAAACUAGACUUAGAUUACCCGAAACUGCCGCAAGAGCAUAAGCGACAACUGGACGAAUUCCGUCUUGAAAUACAGAGAAGGGAUCAAGAGAUCCUGGCGAUGGCGGCCAAAAUGAAAACCCUCGAGGAGCAGCAUCAGGACUACCAGCGGCACAUAGCGGUGCUCAAGGAGUCGCUAUGUGCCAAAGAGGAGCACUACAACAUGCUGCAGACGGAUGUCGAGGAGAUGCGGGCCCGCCUCGAGGAGAAGAAUCGUCUCAUCGAGAAGAAGACCCAGGGCACACUCCAAACCGUGCAGGAGCGGAAUCGCCUCACCAGCGAACUGACCGAGAUCAAGGACCACAUGGACAUCAAGGACCGCAAGAUCAGUGUCCUCCAGCGCAAGAUUGAAAACCUGGAGGAUCUGCUCAAGGAGAAGGAUAACCAGGUGGAUAUGGCACGGGCCCGUCUCUCCGCCAUGCAAGCUCAUCACAGCAGCUCCGAGGGUGCCUUGACCAGCCUGGAGGAGGCCAUUGGCGAUAAGGAGAAGCAAAUGGCCCAGCUGAGAGAUCAGCGUGAUCGUGCCGAGCAUGAGAAGCAGGAGGAGCGUGAUCUCCAUGAGCGUGAGGUGGCCGACUAUAAGAUCAAGCUCCGUGCCGCCGAAAGUGAGGUGGAGAAGCUACAGACGCGCCUGGAGCGGGCCGUGACCGAGCGGGAGCGACUCGAGAUCAAGCUGGAGGCUUCGCAGAGCGAACUGGGCAAGUCCAAGGCCGAGCUGGAGAAGGCCACCUGUGAGAUGGGACGGAGCAGUGCCGACUGGGAGUCCACCAAGCAGAGGAUUGCCCGCUUGGAGCUGGAGAACGAGCGGCUGAAACACGAUUUGGAGCGUUCGCAGAAUGUACAAAAGUUAAUGUUCGAAACGGGCAAGAUAUCGACGACGUUUGGCAGGACCACAAUGACCACAUCCCAGGAACUGGACCGGGCCCAGGAGCGGGCGGAUAAGGCAUCCGCCGAACUGCGACGCACUCAGGCCGAGCUGAGGGUCACCCAGUCGGAUGCUGAGCGGGCACGUGAAGAGGCCGCCGCCUUGCAGGAGAAGCUGGAGAAGAGCCAGGGCGAGGUUUAUCGGCUCAAGGCGAAGCUGGAGAAUGCCCAGGGCGAGCAGGAGAGUCUACGCCAGGAGCUGGAGAAGGCGCAGAGCGGCGUCUCGCGCAUUCACGCCGAUCGCGAUCGGGCCUUCUCCGAGGUGGAAAAGAUCAAGGAGGAGAUGGAGCGCACGCAGGCGACGCUGGGCAAAUCGCAGCUGCAGCACGAGAAGCUGCAGAACUCGCUGGACAAGGCCCAGAACGAGGUCGAUCAUCUGCAGGAUAAGCUGGACAAGAUGGGCACCGAGAACCGUCGCCUGGUGCUGGAGAAGGAGAAGCUCACCUAUGACUAUGACAACCUGCAGUCGCAGCUGGACAAGGCCCUUGGCCAGGCGGCCCGCAUACAGAAGGAGCGCGAAACGCUCACCCUGGACACGGACCGCAUUCGGGAGAAGCUGGAGAAGACGCAGAUGCAACUGGCGCGCAUCCAGAAGGAGCGGGAUCAGUUCUCCGAUGAGCUGGAAACGCUCAAGGAGCGCUCCGAGUCCUCGAAUACGCUCCUCAUGAAGGCUGCCCGCGACAGGGAGGCAAUGCAAACGGAUCUGGAGGUCCUGAAGGAGCGCUAUGAAAAAUCUCACGCCAUCCAGCAGAAACUCCAGAUGGAGCGUGAUGAUGCCGUCACCGAGGUGGAGAUCCUCAAGGAGAAGCUGGACAAGGCCCUGUAUGCCAGCCAGAAGUUAAUCGACGAGAAGGACACCUCCAACAAGGAGUUCGAGAAGAUGCUGGAGAAGUAUGACCGAGCCCAGAACGAGAUCUAUCGGUUGCAGUCCCGCUGCGACACAGCCGAAGCUGAUCGUGCUCGCCUGGAGGUGGAAGCGGAACGGUCUGGCCUGGCCGCCGGCAAGGCACGCGAGGAUCUGCGCAAGCUGCAGGACGAGAGCACACGGCUGCAGGAGGCCUGCGAUCGGGCGGCGCUCCAGCUGAGCCGCGCCAAGGAGUGCGAGGAUAAUGCGCGCAGCGAGCUGGAGCACAGUCGUGAUCGCUUCGACAAACUGCAAACGGACAUACGGCGGGCCCAGGGCGAGAAGGAGCACUUCCAGUCGGAGCUGGAACGGGUUACCUACGAACUGGAGCGGGCACAUGCUGCACAAACCAAGGCGGCAGCCAGUGUGGAGGCCGCCAAGGAGGAGGCCGCCCACUAUGCCGUGGAGCUGGAGAAGAUGCGAGAUCGGUACGAGAAGAGCCAGGUGGAGCUGCGCAAGCUCCAGGACACGGACACCUUUGGGCGGGAGACGCGACGCCUCAAGGAGGAGAACGAGCGGCUGCGCGAGAAGCUGGACAAGACGCUCAUGGAGCUGGAGACGAUCCGGGGCAAGUCACAGUACGAGUCGGAGUCGUUCGAGAAGUACAAGGACAAGUACGAGAAGAUCGAGAACGAGGUGCAGAACAUGGAGUCGAAGCUGCACGAGACCAGCCUGCAGCUGGAGCUGUCCAAGGGCGAGGUGGCCAAGCUGCUGGCCAACCAGGACAAGCAGCGCUCCGAGCUGGAGCGGGCCCACAUCGAGCGGGAGAAGGCACGGGACAAGCACGAGAAGCUGCUGAAGGAGGUCGAUCGUUUGCGCCUGCAACAGUCCUCGGUGAGCCCCGGCGAUCCGGUCCGAGCGUCGACGUCCUCCUCUUCCGCUCUGUCCGCUGGCGAGCGGCAGGAGAUCGAUCGGCUGCGCGACCGCCUCGAGAAGGCGCUGCAGUCGCGCGACGCCACCGAGCUGGAGGCCGGUCGCUUGGCCAAGGAACUGGAGAAGGCGCAAAUGCAUCUGGCCAAGCAGCAGGAGAACACCGAGUCCACGCGGAUCGAGUUCGAGCGCAUGGGCGCCGAGCUGGGACGCCUGCACGACCGCCUCGAGAAGGCCGAGGCCGAGCGCGAGGCACUGCGUCAAGCCAGCCGAAAUGGUCCUGGCGGUGCCCCCCAUCCGCAGCUGGAGAAGCAUGUCCAGAAGCUCGAGUCCGAUGUCAAGCAGCUGGCCAUGGAGAGGGAGCAACUGGUGCUGCAGCUGGAGAAGAGCCAGGAGAUUCUCAUGAACUUCCAGAAGGAGCUGCAGAAUGCCGAGGCGGAGUUGCAAAAGACACGCGAGGAGAAUCGCAAGCUGAGGAAUGGCCACCAAGUGCCACCCCAGCCAGCAGCACCCGCCGGAGCCUCUCCCGCCGAGAUCCAGGCCAUGCAGAAGGAGAUCCAGGCACUGCAGCAGAAGCUCCAGGAAUCGGAGCGGGCUCUGGCAGCUGCCGGUCCUCAGCAGGCUCAGGCUGCAGCGGCGGCCGGUGCGAGUCGCGAGGAGAUCGAGCAAUGGCGCAAGGUCAUCGAGCAGGAGAAAGGACGUGCCGACAUGGCCGACAAGGCAGCCCAGGAGAUGCACAAGCGGAUUCAGCUUAUGGACCAACACAUCAAGGACCAGCAUGCCCAAAUGCAGAAGAUGCAGCAACAGAUGCAACAGCAGCAGCAACAGGCAGCGCAGCAGCAGCAGCAGGCGGCACAGCAGCAACAAACGGCGGCAAGUGCUGGCGGAGCGGAUGCCAAGGAACUGGAGAAGGUCAAGGGCGAGCUGCAGGCAGCCUGCACCGAGCGGGAUCGCUUCCAGCAGCAACUAGAGCUCCUAGUUCAGGAGCUGGAAAAGAGCCAGAUGUCCAACCAGGAGCAGGCCAAACAGCUUCAAACCUCACAGCAACAAGUACAACAAUUGCAGCAGCAGGUGCAACAGUUGCAGCAACAGAUGCAACAAUUGCAACAGGCAGCCAGUGCGGGAGCCGGUGCCACCGAUGUGCAACGCCAGCAGCUGGAGCAGCAGCAAAAGCAGCUGGAGGAGGUUCGGAAGCAGAUCGACAACCAGGCCAAGGCCACCGAGGGCGAGCGUAAGAUCAUCGACGAGCAGCGCAAGCAGAUCGAUGCCAAGCGCAAGGACAUCGAGGAUAAGGAGAAGAAAAUGGCCGAAUUCGAUGUACAGUUGCGCAAGCGCAAGGAGCAAAUGGACCAGCUGGAGAAAUCACUCCAGACGCAAGGUGGCGGAGCGGCAGCAGCCGGGGAGCUCAACAAGAAGCUCAUGGAUACGCAGCGUCAACUGGAAGCGUGCGUCAAGGAGCUGCAAAACAAAGAAGAGCACAAGAAGGCGGCAACCGAAACGGAACGCUUGCUGCAAUUGGUACAAAUGUCGCAGGAAGAGCAGAAUGCCAAGGAGAAGACCAUCAUGGAUUUGCAACAAGCCUUAAAGAUCGCUCAAGCCAAAGUCAAACAAGCACAAACGCAACAACAGCAGCAGCAGGAUGCUGGUCCAGCUGGCUUCUUGAAGAGCUUUUUCUAAACAGUGCCCACAGAAACCUAAACACAGAUUCAGAUGCAGUUAUGGCUAAGGGAAUACACCUGUACUAUUUACCUGCAGCGUUAAUGGAAAAACCGAAAACACAGCAUAAGAAAAUUACCAAAAAAGCACUGUCUACUAUUUUGUAUACUACCGAUGCCGAUACCGAUACCAAAAACCAAUACCAACUAUGCAGUAUUUCUAAAAACACACACGAUAUAUACACAAAAAAAACACUGAGACACACACACACAUUGUAAAUGACACCAUGUAAAUGCAAAUUAUUUGAUAUUUAUGUGUAUUGUGUAAUUAGGUUUGCCGCUAUACUCAAAUUGUGGAUGCAUUUAAAAGUCAGCUGGUAUAGCGUACUUUGUAAACUCUCUUAACUCUCUCUCUCUAAACUCAAUCCUUUUUCAAACUCAAACUCAACUUAAAGUUUAUCGUUAGACAACACAAAAACACAGACACACACGCCUUGAGGUCCUUUCUAUCCCCCCAUCCGUUAAGAGCUUUCUGUCCUUCACUUUCUCUCUGUCGGUCGAAGAAGACUACUUCCUGAGGCACAGCCAUUAGCCAUGACUAUCGAGGAGAGGAGGCUAGGAGAUGUAGUAACAGCAUUAAAGUCGCAUUAAAGUAGAUAAUGAUCUGCUUUGGACCCAGAGUGCACUGUGUUAUAUAAGCUAGUCCCUGUUAUAGUUAGUUAAACAUGAGCAUUCAUCACUUCACACAACCAACACACAGUCACAACAUACAUACAUGUACAUAAAGCAUUGGCAUCCAUCAGAUACGGAUACUACAUAUAUGUAGAGCAAUAAAUGAUACACCACAGAUAAUACAGAUAUGAAAUAUAUAUAUAUAUACAUGUAAAUUGUAGUUACAUGCAUUGCGAUUAUACCAAUUAUAUUGCGUAGCCUUUAGCCGUGUACCAAAGAACUAUCUACGAGUAUAUACAUAUACAGAUCCAUAAUGAGAACGGAGCAAAGACACUACCUAACCAUUCGUAUCGCCUAGUAUGGAUAUUACCGAUUAAAAAAUAAACUCCAGCAUUAACUACAAACCAAAACGCAAUCUCUAUUUUAAUUAGUUCAAAUCUACACGAUAUCCCCACGUUCCUUAGCCCCUAAUAACAUACAGCAUAGAUCGAGUCCAUUACGCAAGCUUUACCUAUCUCAGCUGUGAAUGCGAAUAAGGAAGGAGUAUUUAUAUAUAUUAGAUCUAUAUACAUAUAGUCCGGGGUCCCCCUUGUAAUCCUUUGCUUUUGAUUUAUAAACAGAACGAAGAGUGUUAUUGUUAACUAACAUAUAUGUACCCAUAUAUAUAUAUAUUUACAUAGCUAUAGUAGCAAACGUUAGUGUUUCCGAUUGAUUUUGUUUAUGUAUAAUUUACCUAGAAUGAAAUUUAAAUGGAAUAUAGGAAAGAAUACGUGAGAUAGGGUAAGGAGUCAUCACUGCCAGUGUAAGCAAGCAUAUUUGAUAGAACGGAAUUAGAGGCCUAGGGAUUAUCAAUUCGAUUAUUGCAUUAUUUUGACUUUCGGUUACCAUAUAGAGAAGCCCCAACACCACGAAGACAUUCAGAAAAAGAUACGAAGCAAAAGACACAACACAAUCAUAUCAUAACAAGCCUAUAUCAUAAUCCCAGAACGAAGGAGUAGUAGAACCCAGAGGGAAGACUCUGCAUAGCGCUUUAAAUUAACCGCAGAUCUUUCAGCACCUAAUAAAUCGAUUAUUAGAUCGAAUCGAUAAAGUACUUGCCACCAUUUCGAUAAUCGAUUAACGACCAAGAAAAUAACGAUAGAGAUGCAUUCUUUAUUUGCUUUGACUUUUAAGUUUUGCCAUCGUUCGAUUUGUAUGUACAUAUGUUAGGGUACUCCUUUUCGUCCCCCCUUUCUCCCUGGCUCCCGCCAAAAAAAAAGAGAUCCCCAAAAAGUUCCUAUACCAGGAACAUCGGAUUUUUUUACGGUGCAGAAGGGCAGAAAUGAAUGCGAGUUCGCGCGUCAAGUAAUAAUUAGUUACAUCUUCGUGUUCGACAGAAGUGUACAUAAGUGUCUAGUUGUGUAAGCAUAACAGCAAUUGUAUUAUAUAUGAAAGUUAACCUAUAUAAACAUAUAUAUAAUGAUAUAACGAUAUGAAAUCAACCUAUAUGCAGACCAUUGAGAACACGAGAACAAUUAACUAUCGACAAAUCAAAACCGAACUAACUUCACCGUAGAACCAACACAUCACUCUGGCUCCUGGGCUCCUGAGAUAUAAAAGACAAACACACGUUGACAAUACAACCACCCACAAGGACACACCACGAAACUUACACACUCUCAGAUACAGUUACAGAUACAGAUACACUCACGAUCUCAGUCAGAUACAGUUUCAGAUGGAUCAACAAGGUAGAUGGUACAUUUUUUACAAAAACAAAUUGCUUUAUUGGAAGCCAACAUAUCUGAGGCGAAAGAAGUGCUAGAUAUCCGAUAUCCAUAGCAUCCACAAAUUUUUGAAAAAGCGAUUUCCUAACGCUGCGAGUUCCACUUUGGUCACCCAGUCACUUUCACUUUCACUCUCGAUCUCGAGUUAUAUAAAAGAUGAAAGAAACGUUUGCCUUUAACUAUUUAACAUAACUUAACUUGACUUAACUAAACUUAACUUAACUUAACUAAACUUAACUUACCACGUAUCGUAUGGUUAGCCUAGAUAGUCUCAAUUACAGCAGCAGCAGCAGUAACGAACAAAAUCUGAGAAUAAGAACAUGAACUAACGGUGUACUAUCUAAUACUUAUAGUAUUCGCCGUAAAGACACUUUAAUCAUAUUAUCCCCGCCGUCGUGUACCCUACUUACAAAUACAAAAAAAACUAAAAGAAAAACAAAAAAUAAAAAUAAAAU